AACAACUAAUUACAUCAGUUAUAUUUAAUGAGACAGAUGCGCUUGCUUUUUGGCCACGAGUUGUUCAAUGUUUGGUAAAGUAAUACAAUUGGCACAUUUUUUUACCCUAAGGGGUAAAUUUACCCCAGUUAAAGAAACGCUGAUUUAGACAAACCAUUAGUAACCACUAUAUAGGUUGGAUCAAUUACCGUUGGCUGUAUCGCAUUACAACAAGGUAAAAUAAAUCAAAGAAAUCUGCGUGUAUUGUCCAUUUUGGUCCAGAUAUAUUGCCUGAAGCUUUCAAAGACAAACAGUUGUUUAUUUAUCAACCGCCCCUUUUUAUAAACAUAACAAACGAAAUGUAUUCAAUGACUUAUAUUCCGGUCUUCAACGCAUUAGUCGUUUGUUUGUUAUAUUCCAAUGAAGGCGCUACAUCAGAUAUUGUACGUAUUUUCUGCAACUAGUGUGUUAGGUGCAUGUUAUGGAAAAAAUAUGAAGAAUAACUGUUUCUCAAUGACAGCAACCGGCGGCCAUACAACGUUGAAUACAAGAGAGCAAGCGGGCGAAGGUUGCUGCAUUUACACGAAAUAUUUUCCGAAUAUUUUGGCAUGCUGCGGCACAUACCUAUAUUAUUUAUCAACUCAUCGUUGCUGCGACGGGAAGUUGGUUUCACUACAACACCCAUGCUUGGAACCGAAAUCCAGUCGUUUCGAAGUUGCCGGGUUAAGCCGAAACGCUGACAUUUUUCCUUUGGAUUGUUUGUUUGAACAAAACACGUGCGGGUGGAAAACGAGAGAUCACUUUGGUUUCGCGUGGAAAAGAAAGAAAAAAUCCGAUAUCGGAUUUGAUGGAGAUGAAAUAGACCACUGCUUGACAGUAGAAGCCAGGAAUACGGGACGUCAUCGUAUUACGUAUAUUACGAGCCCACGAGUGAAAGUACAAAACAAGCGAUGUCUGAAAUUCCAAUAUUUGAUAACUGAGAACACGAACUUGACCUCUCUAUCGUUGCAGGUUCUUCUGCAAUUCCAAGAAACAGCGAAUGGAAAAGCAGCAUGGGAAAAUUUGCCUUCAGCAGUUGGUGGUUGGAAAAUCGGAGAAAUAAAUGUUUUGCCGGAAGUUAAAAGGAUUUCGUUUGUUGCACUUAAACACGCUGAAAACUAUGGAGCGAUUUGCAUUGAUGAUAUACAGUUCUUACCAACAGCAUGUGGAGUUAUCACAGAAAAUCGAGUUGGAGAAAUUAACUGCAAUUUUGACUCAAGAAGUCUAUGUGGUUGGAAACAAGAUGAAACAGAUGAUUUCGAUUGGCGAUUAAAUUCUGGUGCAACAAGGGACAAAUUAUUAGGGGGGUUCAUAACAACAGGACCACUUGCAGAUCAUACAACAGGGGAUGGUACUUACGUCUACAUUGCAUCUGAUCAAGGCAGCGUGAAUGACAGAGCUCGUUUAAUUAGUCCGAAGAUAAAGCAUGACGACAAAAACCGCUCAUGUUUUUCGAUGUGGGUUCAUAUUAAAGGAUAUGAUACUGGGACCUUGAAAGUUCUUCUCGUUGAAGAUUUGGACGUUGAAACUAUACUCUGGAGCAAAUCAGUGUUAAACUAUAACGAAGAAGCAAACUGGACGAAAGUCGAUAUUGAUAUAUUUAGUGACCACUUUUUCAUAGUGGUUGAAGCAUCAAUUAAGAGUUACUUUGGUGAUAUAGCUCUCGAUGACGUCAUGUUAUAUGAGGGUUUGUGUGGUCAAGAUUUGUCUCGUGUUGAAUCCUACAAAGUUGUGGAAAAAGUUACUAACAAGCCAAACCUAGUCACUUAUGCCUCUCCCAGAGAGUUAACUCAAAAUCCAACAACUUCACCAUUUCUAACCAGCGAGCAUUUGAACCACAAUAAUUCAAUGCAAAAAGGAAACUGUAACAUGAAAAUUACUUUCAUCAUGGACGCGUCAACACUUACUUGUAACAACGGUUCAAAAGGCAAUAUUUCAUCAGAUAUUCAACAAUUUAAUAUGGGAAAAACUUUUGUAGAGCAAGCUUUGAUGAACCCUAAUUUCUGCUAUAUAUCUUUGAUAAAUUAUGCUGAUUGGAGUGACUUGAUUUACACUGGAGUUGUUGCAAUUUCAAACAAAAAUAAGGCACUACAUGAGUUACGACAAGCGCCACUUAUGUGCGGUGACAAUUCAACAGAAACUUACAUUUCGCGGGCAGUGGAUUUUGUUUUGAGAAAUAAAUUGUCAACACAGUUGAAUAAUACUGAAUAUUUGGAUGUAAUUGUCAUUACAAUGCGUGAAAAUGAUUCAACUGGAAAUACCAUCUGGGCAAAUCUGAAUCAAGCAUACACGAAGCUACGUGCCAUGGGGAGCAUUGUGGCGGCUGUUGGUAUGGGAUCAUAUCAAGAAUUAACAGAUUCUUUUAAAAGUCAAAUGAGUCUGGUUGCAUGUGGACACCCAAUAUUUCAUCUAUGUGAAGCAAUCUUUUUCACUGAAGAUUCAGAAGACAAGUUUAAACAAUUUUUGGACCGAUUUUAAUACCUUAAAAUAUUUUAGUAUAAUUUCUGCUGGGAAAGGCGUCUAAGUAUUAUACUUUUUAAACUUCUUAAGAAAGAUAUAAUAUUAGUAUGUUGGGGGAAGAUGGUACACUUUUUUAUUCUAUUUUCUCAUCCUGUUCGGUUGUAAACAAAGAACUAUAAAAUCAUUUCCUCAGGACUCCCAUAGCCCAUUGUUAUUGUUAAUUGUUAAAAACAGGAUUUGAAUAUUAUGUGAUAAAGGUGUCCCAUCUUCCCCCACAGUACUAAAUGCAGAGUAUUGGCCGAUAUUUCCACCAAACAAUUUGCUUUUCAUUUUUAUUAACGAAAUAAAAAUAACAUAAAGAAAUAAAUUUUAAAAUUAAAAUCUA